AUGGCAGACUCAAAAGUUGAGGAUACAUCAAAGCCUGUUGAGGCAAAGACAGAGGAGCUACCACCCUUGUCCGAUCAUGACUUUAAGGCUUAUAACCGGCUGGCUGUUCAUAUGAACUUCUUUCACGAUAACUUCCGAAGAUCAUGGAACCUGCUGUGGAAUGCUUGCAUAAACAACCGCAGACCCCAGAGUAUGACCCUCAAGCAGUUCAUCAUGGAAGGUCUUCAAUUCGCAGAGCAUCUCACCGUGCAUCACAACAUCGAGGAGACGUACAUCUUCCCCAUCUUAGCCAAGAAGAUGCCCGAGUUCCGCGGUGGACGUGCUGAGCUGCUACGUCAGCAUAAGCAGAUCCACGCGGGUCUGGACCAUUUCGAAGAGUAUCUUAAAAAGUGCCGCACUGGAGAUGAGGAGUUUGAGUUGAGCGUGCUCAAGAGCAAGAUGGAGACCUGGGGUGAGGUCCUCUGGACUCAUUUGGACCAGGAGGUUGAGACUCUGGGUGCGAACAAUAUGAGAAAGUACUGGACGAAGGAGGAGAUAGCAAGAAUCCCCAUGUAA